GGAAAGCAAAAGAAGAAGAAAGGAAAGAAAAGUCGACCCUCUCACAUCCGAGAGGCCAUGGACGCACUCGGAGACCGAGAGAAGACACACCAGCACAAAUACGCAGAGAAGCAGCAACGUUCGAGCAGCCGACGCUAGCGAAACACAAAGCAUUGCCAGAAAGAGACAACUGUGGCUAAAAAAUGGAGAAGAAUCUCGAAGAGACAUAGACGGGAGAGUGAGCACAAACGUUCCCCACUGCCUCAGCUCCCGCGCUCUGUCUUCUCUGUGGAGUUCUGUCUCUCCUCUUUUUCUUCGCUUUCUGCUUUUCUUCCUGUGCUGCUUCUUCCUGUGCGGCUUCUUCCUUUCCUUCUUCGUUUUUUUCUUGGUUUUUUUCUUGGUUUUUUUCUUGUUUUUUUUCCCGUCCGGAGCUUACCUUUUUCUUCGGUGUCCUCUCUUUGAGCUGCGCUAGCGGCGGCUUCAGAGCGCACUGCCCUCGCCUGGAGGGGGGUGUGUGGAGCUCCGUCGUUACUUUUUUUCUCGAAAUUAAUUUUGUCCACACACUGGGCUCGCGCUCUCCAUAUUUUCAUCAAGACACAGUAGCAGCAGCGGCCGCAGGUCCUCCUUCUCCGUCCUCUCUUCGUUCCUUGUCUUUCUGUCUACUCCUUACUUUCGCUCUACUCUUCUCUCUCCGUUCCCCUCUCCUGCUUUCUUCUCUUCCCUCUCUCAGUCCCUGCUCUCCGUUCGUCCUUCUCUUCUCUCUCGGCUGCGACGUCUCUCUGGGGUAUCAAAAUGUCUGCCUCUCUCAUGGAGAGACUCCUCGGGCGCGAUGGACCGUCCAUCGCCCUCCUCUUCCUUCUCUACACUCUCCAGGGCAUUCCGAUGGGAUUGAGCGGCAGUGUGCCGUUUCUGCUCUCGGGGAAAAUCUCCUACAAGCAACAGUCUCUGCUCUCUCUCGUCUCUCUUCCUUUCAGUCUGAAACUGCUCUGGGCGCCGCUGGUGGACGCGCUGCACUCGCCGCGGAUCGGCCGCCGUCGCUCGUGGUUGCUUCCUGUCCAGUUUCUCGCGGGGACUUUGAUGAUUUGGGGAGGUGCCUCCUCGCGCGUUCUCGCCUGGAUCGGAGAUGGGCCUGACCAGUCCGAACCAGACGUCGAGAGUCUCACGCUGUUUUUCGGAGUGUUGUACUUCCUCAUGGCGACUCAGGACAUUGCAGUCGACGGAUGGGCGCUGACGAUGCUCAGUGAGGGCAACAAAGGCUUGGCUUCGACAUGCAACACCGUCGGCCAGACGCUGGGCUACUUCGUCUCUUACGUCGGCUUUCUUGCCCUCAACGAUCCCCAAACUUGUCAACGUUUCCUCCCCGCCUUUCUUCUCGGCGACGCCUUCGCGGACGAAAAGCCGGGCGCACUGAUCGACCUCGCAGGAUUCCUCAGGUUUUGGGGAUGGGUGAUCGUCGCCACGACUGUCGCGGUUCUGCUCUUUUUCCCGGAGAACUGCAGCAGCCGCGAAACGCAGAGAGUCUCCAGCUCUGCAUGCAGAAACGAGUUGCCGCGUGCAGAGGCGACGCUCGCUGUCGGGCCGCUGGGCGCUCCAGGCGAGGAAGUUCACUUUUUCACGGAAGAGAUUUUGGGUGGAGUUUCAGAGAACGGAGAAGGCCAAGGCGGCGUCCAAGGCGUCCAAGGUGCCCAGAGGACCCUCCGCAGAAGAGGCGCUCAUCCAGACGCGAAUCCCCAGAGUGCCGCGACGCUCGCUGAAGCCACUGGAGCCGCCGAGCCUGAAGGCGUCCUUGAGUCUUACUCUCUCCUAUGGCAGCUUCUUUUCUUGCCGCCGGUGCGGACGCUGGUGGGGCUGCUGCUGACUUGUCGCGUAGCGUUCGCAUGCGUCGACGCAGCCACUCAGUUGAAGCUGAUCGAGCGCGGCGUAAAGAAAGAAGACCUCGCUCUUUUCGCGCCUCUCUUCCUUCCACUCGGAAUCGUUUGCCCGAUGAUGGUGAGCAGGUUCCUCCGCGGCCGGUUCCCGCUGCGACUCUUCUCCUGCGGCUACCUUCUCCGAAUGGGGAUGUGCCUCGUCUGGGCGGGCGCAGUGGCGAUGACAGGGCAUCUCCUCGCAGACGACGGAGGUGCGCAGAUGUCUUCUUCUCACUGGGCAGCGCUCUACGGCGCCAUGUUCCUCAUCACGGGCGUCUACAGCGUCUGCUCGGACCUCAUGUUUGUGUCGCAAAUGGCUUUCUUCGCCCAGGUGUCGGAUCCGCGCAUUGGAGGCACUUACAUGACCUUUCUCAACACAGUCACCAACCUCGGAGUGAAGUGGCCUCAUACCCUGAGUCUCCUCCUCAUGGACGUCGUCGGAGUCCAAGAUUGCUCAGACGCCUCCGACGCGACAUCUGAGGUGAUGGGAGGCGCUGCGCCGACUUGCCGCGUAGUGCUCGACGCCUACUUCGUGCAAGUAGCAGCCUGCUUCCUCGCAGGCGUUCUCUGGCUGGCCCUCUGCUGGCGCCGCGUCGAGGCCUUGCAGCAGGUGCCUCUCUCUGAGUGGCGGGUGGAGAUUCGUCGGCCGAACUCGUCGCGAGGCGACUCCGACGGAACCGAGCUGAAGAGAGUGGAGAAGUGAAAUGGAGCGUCGAGAGAACUUUCUCCCUUCCAGGCGAGAUUCUUCUCUCUUUCGCCUGAGAACCAGCAAGCAGAGGAUGCGCGCGAGACGUGACUAGGAAGAAAACGAGAGAAAGGGGAGAGCAACGCGGAAACGGUGGCACGAAAAGACAACGCAGAAGUCGGUCUCUUCUUCGCGAGGCGUCCUGUUCCGUGACAGAGAGACAGAGAUCGACUGCUGCGGUAUCUCGUCCGUUCACUGCUUUUGCACCGUUUGCCUUCCCUUUGUUUCGCGUAAACUCCUUCUUUUCUCCGGAAAACGCCGUGGAGAAAGACGGCAAGCAGGAGAGGCGCUCGACGAGCAGACGAGAAACGAGGAAGAAGCCAGCAGAUCCUCUCGCUUUAUCUGGUGCCUCUUGUUCGCGGAAAUUUCUUUGGGAGGCCCACAGCCACUGUCUCUCUGUCAGCUCUCGUGCGGUUCCUGCUUGUACGUUUCCUGGCGUUGUUUCUUUGUCUCCGGAAAAGGUUUUCGUCUCCGUUCCGGAAGGAGAGCCCACGAGCGACUGCGCAAGCCCCGAGCCACUCUGCGCGGACACUGUGCUGCGGAGACGCUUGGUUUUCUCUGUGUUCGAGCGAAACGAAAACUCAGCACCCCUUUUCGCCUCUGUCGAAACAUGUGUGUGUGUGUCUCGAGGCUCUCGCGCCUACAUCGUCGGCGCAUGGGCGCGGAAGAGCGGCGGAGAUGCUGGAACAGAGAAGCGGGGAUGCGCCACCACGCAAAGGAAAUACGAAGGCGGAGAGAAGAAAUGUUUCCGAGGACUCGGAACGCGUUGCGAGUUCCCCUCUAAAGCGCAGUUGAGAGACGAAGCACUGACCAGGACAGAAACCGCAGAGAGAACAUGCUGAGAGGCAGAGAAGAGAGAGCUGAGGAGUGGAAAGAGAAAGAACGGAGAAACUGGAAGCGAGAGAACGAGGGGGAGGCAAUACGGGGAAACAGGACAGAGAGAGGGCGGCGAGGCGCGCGGAACGAAGAGAGAGACGAGAAGCGAAACGAAAGCGAGAAAGCAGAGAGAAAAGGAUGUGCAGUAGUGGAAUGGCUUUCGACAGCUGAAAGGGGUGGACAGGAUUAUUAUCGUUUUCUCUAGGGAAGAGUAUGGGUCGAGGAUAUUCGUUUUCUCUGGAAAAUGCGCUAGUCGACAGAAACGCGACGCUAGGAAAGUGCAAGCGCUUAAGUGACCUAGGAGCACUGAGACCGGCCCAGAACUCCAGUUCCCUGUUUAACAAGUUCCCAAGAUAGCCUCACCGAAUGCACUUUCGGCCAGUCUUCCUUACUAGAGAGGAAAACUCAACCUCGCCGUGACCGUGGACCGGAGAACAAAACUCAGUCAAAUCAACGAGACGAAGAUAACUACCGCGGUGCUUCCACCAAAAGAUACUUGUGGCCGGAGUCGCAGGUCACCGAUUUCACAUACGAAU